CAACGGCUAGUGGUAAAAAGGGAAUAAACACGCCCAUCAGGAGUUCCAACCGCAAUGUGGCAAACGCAGAUAAAAGCCAGAUUAUCAAAGCUACAAGCGAGCCUGUAAAGGAGGUAGCAAGUAAAACGAAAAAAUUGUCACCUCGCGUCGAGGGAAGGCCAGACACCCGACAAAGACGUCGCGAAUGCGAAAUUCACGACAACAGUCCCAAUGAUUUGAUGAUUAUUGAAAACCCAAUUCAAAGUGUGGUUUAUACGGUGGACGAAAGUGUUGAGCCAGUAAAAAUCAACGGUGUUAAUGGUGUAAUAGGCAAUGCUACCAAUCAAAAUGUAAAAAGUAAAUUAUAUUCUUCCAAUACACGGGAAAGAUUUAAGUCUCAGUCCAUGGAUAAAGUACAGCAACCUAAGAAUGAUGUAAGCGCUUAUGUGGACAGCGUGCUUAGUCAACUAGAUGCUUUUGAUAAGGAGUUGAAAGCGCAAUUCAGCAGUGCAGGCAUUGAAUGAUAGCGGUGCUACUUUCUUAGCAAUAAAAAAUAAUAGCUUUUGUAUAUGUCCUUUUUUAUAAUUUUGUGUAUGUAAAUUAACGUGAAUUUUGUAUAUUUGUAGUGAUAUUGUAUACCAACGUUGUUAACUAGCAUUUACAAAUAAAUUACAAGAUAUUUCGUAUUUAAAAUGUACAAAAUAAAAUUUUUGCUAAAAUUAAGCUUUCCACAAAAAAAAUCUAAUUUAUAUUCUUGUUUGUUCUGAUUUGCGUAUACAUAUAUAUACUGUAAUCGCGACCAAAACUGAUAACGCUAA